AUGCCCACGGUCAAGUUCUCGGACAACCAAUCGCUGCUGUUGCUUGAGCUGGAGUUGCUCAUGCCCGACGACGAGUCCCGCUUCAAGUUGCAUGAAUCUUCGGAUACCGAGUGUGCCGCCGAUUAA